AGCAAUUUAUUGUGACUUCCACCAGAUCGAAAUGAAACGCGGCCAAGCAGAAGUGACGAGAACGCUGAAAUAACUCAAAGGAGGACGAUAAAGCUCAUCUGAGAUGCUCGACCUUUUCCUCGUCCAGAUAUUUCACAGUAAGGAAUUAGUGUCCGGUGUUUGUGUUUAAAUGCACUUCUCUCGCUCUGUUCUUAUAACGAAAACAACCAUUUUGACGCUGAACUAAGUCGAAUCAGAUGCCACGGUUUUAUGGACUGCGCCUUCCAGAAAGUCAUUCCCAGGAAUACCAGAGUCAGUCUGUGAGCCAGUGACAUCCUCAUCUCAGAACACGGGGAGACAGCUUCUCCCACAGACUUCAGGACUUCAUAAACUGUCCACAGGCUAUAAGAUCAUAUGAGUGCUGCUUUCAGUACACCGUUCAUGAUGAUGCAGCGUCCGAUGGGAAGCACCACUGCAUUCAGCAUUGACUCGCUCAUCGGAGGUCCACCGCAGCCCAGUCCGGGACAUUUCGUGUACACGGGCUAUCCCAUGUUUAUGCCCUAUCGGUCAGUGGUGCUUCCUCCGCCUCAUCCACCACCUCCUCCAACUCUUCCUCAGAGCGGUCUCCCCGCCACCCAUCCGCACCACCCGAUCCCUGGGUUACCCAGCGGGUUCUGCUCCAGCCUGGCGCAGGGCAUGGCGCUCACAUCCACGCUAAUGGCCACGUUACCCGGCGGCUUCUCCACCUCGCCGUCUCAGCAGCAUCAGGACGCGGCGAGGAAGCUCGGCUCUCAGUCUAUUCACGCCAUGUUCGAUAAAUCUCAGGACAUUCGUUUGGAUGGAGAAGACGGGAAAACGUUUCCAACGAAAGAUUCCGCGAGCCUUCCGUCAUUUCACGACAUUCACACUUCUAAAGUGCGAGGUCACAACAAAGACGACACGAAGGAGGAUGAGUGUCACAGGAAAGAUGAGAGCUUCUCCAUGGACAGUGAUUUAGAUUACAGCUCCGAUGAUAACGGGCCCGGUAACGCCAUGUGUCAGAGGGAAGAUGGAGACGCCAACGGAGGACUGGACGAUGGCGUCCACGGCGGGAAUGGGGCCGGGAACACUACGUCCACCGGGAAAAAUCGGAGAAGGAGGACCGCUUUUACGAGUGAGCAGCUCUUAGAACUGGAGAAGGAAUUUCACUGUAAGAAAUAUCUUUCCCUCACAGAACGCUCGCAGAUCGCCCAUGCAUUAAAGCUCAGCGAGGUGCAGGUCAAGAUCUGGUUUCAGAACCGGAGAGCCAAGUGGAAACGGGUCAAAGCGGGCAAUGUGAACUCCAAAACUGGAGAGCACUCGAGAAACCCGAAAAUUGUGGUGCCCAUUCCGGUGCACGUUAGUCGGUUUGCAAUUCGCAGCCAGCACCAACAGUUAGAACAGGCCAGACCUUGAUACACUGGGUUUAGAUACUAGAGGACUAGAGACAAAUCAGCGAAUACUAGAUGACCAAACUGUUCUCGAGGCUGAUGUUUCUAAGGAACCCAGGACACGCAAAUCUAU